AUGGGCAAAAGAUGGGUCCUUCCAGCGUCAUUUAUUGGUGGCCUGAGGGAUAUGAGACGACGAUACAUGGAUGCUAUGGCCUUGGUGCAGAAGUACGGUAAACCAGACAUCUUCCUCACCAUGACUUGCAACCCUAACUGGGAAGAAAUACUAAGGGAGCUUGAACCUGGCCAGACACCACAAGACCGUCCUGAUCUUGUGGUGCGAGUAUUUAGAGCCAAAUUAGAUGAUCUCAAGUUUCAGCUCUUUCAUAAUCACAUCCUUGGUGUUGUUGCAGCGCAUGUCCAUGUCAUCGAGUUCCAAAAAAGGGGUCUACCGCAUGUACACUUCCUCCUUAUCAUGAAGUCAGGUUAUAAGCUUACAUGUCCAGAACAGUACAACACUGUCAUUUCUGCAGAGAUUCUAACCAAGGAAAGGUAUCCUGAGCUUCAUGACAUGGUUGUCAGACACAUGAUGCAUGGUCCCUGUGGUUCGUUAAAUCCUGGUAAUGUAUGUAUGAAGAAUCAAAAUCGCACAUGCAAGAGCUAUUAUCCACGCCAGUUUACUGACAUAACUCUCCAAGGCAAGGACUCUUACCCCAUCUACAGAAGACGGGAUGAUAUGCAGAAGGUGCAUGUAAAAGGGCAUGUCUUGGACAACAGAUGGGUUGUGCCAUAUAAUCCUAAGCUACUACAGAGGUAUGACUGCCACAUCAACGCCGAGGUUUGCUCAAGCAUUAAGGCUAUCAAGUACCUUUACAAAUACAUCUACAAGGGUCAUGACAGGGCAUCUGUUUCUAUCAAUGAUGCCAGUGGUAAUCAGGAGAUUAAUGAGAUCGAUGAUUACAGGGAAGCUAGAUGGGUAGCCCCGCAGGAGGCAUUGUGGAGAAUCUUUGCCUUCGAUCUUAGUGGGAUCUCCCCCCCAGUGCUCCAGCUGUAA